AUGGGACUCUCCAAGGUGGCCAUCAUCACCACCGCCAAAAAGGAGCCGGGCGUGGUGAUCCGGAACAACACAGGCUACCAUGCCAUCACCGCCUUGGCACCCACCCUCCACCUCGCCGUUCGAUGCCAACAUAUGCUAAGCGCCGCUCUUCUGACCUUGUUGCUCCAGGCUUGCUUGCUAGCCUCGACUGCCUCUCACGCGGGUCGAGUCGUGGCCGCCCACAUCUUCCUCGCGUCCAUGAGCGUUCUUCACAAGUCUGGAGUGCCAUGUAGCCGCGUAGGCCGCACGUUAUGGCGCACGCCGAGCAUGCGAAAACUCAGGAAGAAACUCGAGUUUGAAUUCUUCACCUCCAUCCUUGGCUCGGGCGGCAACAACUUCUGUCUAGUCCUGUUUUGGCCGGGCUGGUGGAUGAUCAUGGCCAUCGGGUUGACGAUCCCGGCAUUUGUGGGCUGA